CUUGAUGUCUAAAACUUCUGGAACGAAAGUUUUUACUCAAACUGAAAUUGAUCAUCUCACUCAAGAAGAAGGCAGAUCUAUUGUAGUCUUUGAGGGAGAAGUCUACGAUGCCACUGAUUUCAAAGUUACACAUCCUGGCGGUCCUAAAUUCAUUGACGACUAUGUUGGCAAAGACAUGACAGAAGUUUUCUAUGAAGAAGAACACACUAAGAUUGCCCUUAGAAUGCUUAAAGAUAUGAAAAUAGGUACCCUAGAAACAUCCACAAGUGACCAGAUGAGCCAGGAUACUGUCACCUCUCACUCAAGGAUGGGUGAAAUUGAAGGAGAAGAAUGGAGGAUGAAGGUUGAUCCAAAACUCGGAACAGUUUGGCAAGUUUUUUCUAAUUUAAACCAUGAAGAAUACAAUAACUUCAUCAAUGAUCCUAAGCAUCUUACUCGCCCUGAUGAUGAGCACAGGAUGUUUGCAACUUCAUGGAUAGAGUUUUUCUCAAGGACACCUUGGUACCACGUUGCAUUAUUUUGGACACCUAUUGCGUCAUACAAACUCUACGAAGGAUCAUUCGAACUGACCCCAUUGGAAUUUAUCUUGACCUGUAUCUUCGCAAUAAUCUGCUGGACAUUCGCUGAGUAUGCUUUACACAGAUUCGUGUUCCAUAUGGAGGUAUAUAUGCCUGAUAAUGCUUAUUUCAGAGCGACUCAUUAUAUUUUCCAUGGAAUUCACCAUGCUUUUCCUAUGGACCCAGAUAGACUAGUGUUCCCAAUAAUCAUGGCGUAUUUCAUAUGGAACGUGUUCCAUGUAAUCUGGAUCAAUACUUUGCCAGGGAUAAUGGUAAAUACUUUCACUGGUGCGUUCAUCUUCUCAUACAUGGGAUAUGAUCUUGGCCACUACUAUUUCCAUCAUAGUCAGCCUCUGAAGAUUACUGAGUACAGAAAGAAGUACCACAUGUACCACCACUACAAGGACCCAGAUAAUGGUUAUGGAAUCACAACCAGCUUCUGGGAUAAAAUUUUCGGGACUGAGCUCGUCAUGAACAAAAAGAAGGAAAACUAAAAUAUUGUUAAUAGGUCGCAACAAAUAUAGGAAUCA